AUGCCGACUUAUCUUGGACAUAAGAUCCAAAAUGAAAUAAUUUACAUACUCGGUAAUUCACCAAGUCACCAUAGAUUGGAAUGCGGCAGUGAAAAUGAUCGAUCUAUUUCGCCACUUCACUCUGGAGAAAGUGACGUAGACCUCAGUGAUGACGAUCCCACUUAUAAUCAAGAUCCUAAUCUUCGUCAACGUUCACCGAGCCCAGCAGUUAUAAGUUCUAACAAACCAAGGAAACGUAAAGCAGAUAAGAAUAAAUGGAUGCAAAACGCGCAAAAAAUUAAACGAAACUUGGGUCAAAGUUAUGUAGCUGUACAUUCGAAGAAAUUGGUCCCUGCACGUAGUAUUAAACCACCUUGUGGCCAAAACUGUACACUAAAAUGCGCUGAUCGAAUAAAUGAUGCUAGGAGGUUGGAUAUCUUUAAUACAUUCUGGGCAUUAGGAGAUAGACAGUUACAAAUGAUGUAUAUUUUGUCUAAUUGUACAAAGAUUACACCUAAGUACAAGUAUACCAAUGCUGAGAACCCACGUAAUCCAAACCACGCCUUCUAUUUUUCAGUGGACGAUGAAAAAAUUAGGGUAUGUAAAACGUUAUUUAUUAAUACUCUUGAUAUUUCAUAUAAGAUGAUUCGAACCGUGCAUAUUGAGAGCAGAAAUACUGGAGGUUUCACAAAGGAUGAUAAACGCGGCAAACACAAAAAUCAUAAAACUGCAAGUGAUGAGCUUAUUAAGGACAUCAUCAACUUUAUCAACUCCAUACCUCGCAUUGAAUCGCACCACUUAAGAGCAUCUACGUCUAGAGAGUACAUCAGAAGUGGCAAAAGCAUUGCAGAGCUCUUUAGAGAUUUCGAAGUUUUGCAAAAGAACAGGUCUCGCCCUGCUGGACUCACACGUUUUAUGAAAUAUUUAACACAAAAUUUAAUUUAGGCUUUUAUCAGCCCUAAAAAGAUCAAUGCGAUCUUUGUCUCCAGUUCCACAAUUCUACUGAACCACAAAAGUAGCAACUGAGAGACAAAUGUAAUACCCAUUUAGAAGAAAAGGAAUUAAGCGGAGAAGAAAAAAA